GGCAGUAUAUCAAGUCUCUUAAGCAACAUGGACUCGAAAAUCGCACUCAAGUAUCCUAUGCAUAGCCAACCGAAGAUUGUGUUUGUUCCGUACCUGAUCUUCUGCUCGUAUCUUGUCUCCUUGGUCGGGGCUUUCACAACCGUCGAACUAUUGCAUCGCAGGGUGUCAGGAUCUGGCUGGCGAUCAUGGGUACAGUUGGCAGGCUGUGCCAUCUCAUUCGGCGGUGUUGCAAUCUGGUGCAUGCAUUUUGUUGGCAAUCGAGCCAUCAUCCUCGGCGACGGAGAAGCAGAGAUUCAGCUCUACUACAGUUCGACGUUUACGACUAUAUCCUUCAUUCUCCCUGUGGUUGUUUUGUUCCUAGGGUUUGUAGUCGCCGACCGAUUCUACAAAGGGAACAAGCGCGCCAUUACCAGGUUCUGUUCUCUCCUCGUUUGCAGUAUCUGCGCCGGAGCGUCAAUAGUUGAGAUGCAUUAUGUCGGAAACUAUGGCACUUCAGAUUUUAACCUUCUUCUGAGCUGGCCACACAUAUUCGGCGCAGCUGUAAUUGCGGUAGGUGCCUCCCUGUUGUCUUUUGGGCUGUUCUUCCACUGGUCAGGACAUUGGAUGAACAACAUCUGGAGACGUAUACUCGUGGCAUGCUUCCUCGCUCUGGCUGUGUCGGGUAUGCAUUGGACUGCUGCUGCUGGUACAAAGUACGAAAUCACAGGCUAUCAUCAAGAAUCGGGACGAGAAAGGAACACGACUCUCAUCAUCGCACUAUCUCUGUCCUUGACUUCGUGCGUUGUUGUCUUCCUACUCGGGUUUCUCAAACAACGCCACCAGAAGAUGCUAAGAGAUCGUGCGCAACAAUUCGUGUUGGCAGUUGUCACAUUCGAUGCGGAAGGUAGGCUACUCGUCAGCCAAGGUGGGCUGUUACCUUCCCAGACCAUCACUCGGCAGUUCCAUCAGAAAACAUUUGACGAUGAAUUUAAUACCUCACAUCCGGUCUUCCAGUGGAUCUUUCGGGUCUCUCGUAACUGGUCCGGUAUUGUGGAUUUGGUGCCAUCAAUGCGAGACCAUCUACAAGCUACUGGAUAUCUUCAGACGUACUCGCCUGUCAUAGGAAGUGGAAGUCGUACAUCCUUCGGCUCCGAGAAUGACUCAGGCUACUCGACUACGUUCAAAGAGCUUUUUUGCGUCACCGCCUCCGAGAUCGCGAAGUCUCUCGACACUGGGCUGCAAAACCUGGGGAGUCUUUACGAAGGGGUGUUGACAACGGGCACAUUAUCAACUCGAACAAUCUUCAAAGACACCCACGGGAACAAAAUGAGCGUUGCGGCGGACGUAGCAACUUCGCAGAAGGAUAUCGAGGCGGGUAUUGUUAAUCCAAUCCUACUCGGCAAGGGUCAGAUGUUGGUCCUCACGAAGAAGGUCGACAUUGGCGAAGCCAACCGCCUUCAGAACCUUGGGUACCGAUUCGCAAACAUGGAGCAGGUUGGCGAGCAUCUUGCUCGUAGUUUGCAAGUUUCUCGAGAGGAUCUAGAGGUCUUGGUCGGCCGUCUAUACGCGUUCAGUCAAAGAGAACCGUCGAUUCCAGCAAGCGGGACUUAUCUUGCAUCCUUUCUGAUCCAGCCAUCGCCUGGCAUGAGAGGAUUGGACGUAAUCGUGCCCAGAGAUACUCCAGAUCGUUUGCCGAUGGUCAAGCUCAGCGAUGGAGAACUUAAUAGUCGGGAGGCAAAACUCCUGGCAACCUUUGAUGGCCGAAGACUAGACGACUGUCUGGCGCGAACUAGUAGGCUAUCUGGGUCAAUUACAGAAGACACCGUCUUCCUGGAAAGUUUUCGCAACAAGAUCCUCGACCUCCUUCAACAUUCGCCAGAAGCUGAGUUGCACCGUGCGGUCUUCUCCUCCCACAAGCUUGCCAUAGCGCAUGGGUUCAACGGUCAGAAGGAGAUGAAGCAGGCAACUGUCUUCGCGUUCUGCGGCAUCAAAGAGAUCUACAACCAGUCGCUACAAAGCCACACGUUGAAGACGAUACCUAUGUCUUUCUUCCAAACAUACAUGCGGUCAUAUCCAGGAUGCCCUGAUCACGCGAUACUAGCUCACAAAAACCACAAAGAGUUCAGUACGCUCAUACGAACUACAUCCAACCCGAAACCUGGCAGAUCUUCCAAAUUGCCUAGAACGCCAGGGAGUCGUCACAGCAACAGAUGGCCUCACAAGCUGCAACCUCCACGGUCUUCAUCCAUGGAAAUGAUUGUACGUUCUGAUUUUGAUUUUGAGAAGGGACUUGUGCAGUUGCCAACAGAAGCCCAUGGCGGGCAUUUCUGGGGCGGCAUCAUGGUCACGUCGGAACAGAAAAUCGUGAUUGAUGAGACUAAGGAGGACGGUGGAGCCCUCGAGAUGUGUAACAUGGGGGUGAGGACCGAGGCGGGUGUUGCAGACGCAGAGCAGCAGACGCUGGCUGACAGAUUGAUGUCCAUCACUACGUCCUUCCGCGAUACGCAUGCAGGUCAAGCGCCCCCGGAGGAUGUGCACUAUGGGCGACGGUGAAAGUUGGCGCUGCGAUUUCUUUUACAAGCAUUUCGGGCGUUUUCUCCCUCAAGAUGUAUACCCAUUGGGCGAUAUCUCUUUACUCUGUUGGCAUAUUCUGGGGCGGCGCAAGGAUUCUCGACAUGUGGGUUACGAAGUGUGCGAUGGUGUACUAUGAAGCAUUUUCACGAAGC